AUCACCUGGGCAGGUUCAGGACCCACCUUGGGAUCUUUAGGAUCACCUGGACAGGUUCAGGACCCACCUUGGGAUCUUUAGGAUCACCUGAGCAGGUUCAGGACCCACCUUGGGAUCUUUAGGAUCACCUGGGCAGGUUCAGGAUCCACCUUGGGAUCUUUAGGAUCACCUGGACAGGUUCAGGACCCACCUUGACCCACCCCUGCCCUACUCUGAUCACCCCCACCCCCACCUUAACCCCUUCCCCGCCACCCCCAGGUAUCCCCAGGUAUCCCCCGCCACACCAUGGACACGCUGCCCACCCCCUUCUACCUGUGGGACCCCAGCUGGAACGACACCUGGAACGACACCUGGAACGACCUCUUCGAGCUGGACGCGGCCGAAAUCCCGCUCGGCCACCGCUUCGUGCUGACCCUCUACGCGGUCAUCUUCCUCCUGGGCGUGCUGGGCAACGGCGCCGUGCUCUGGGUGACCGCGGCCGAGCUGCGCCGGACGGUCAACGGCGUUUGGUUCUCCCACCUGGCCUUGGCCGAUCUCCUCAGCUGCUUGGCCUUGCCCUUCUUGGCCUUGCCGUUGACCACUGACCACCACUGGCCCUUGGGCCGCUUUGCCUGCAAGGUGUUGCCGUCCUUGACCGUGCUGGCCAUGUUCUCCAGCGUCCUUCUGCUGACGGCCAUCAGCGCUGACCGCUACGCGCUGGUCGCUCGCCCGGUGUGGUGCCACAACCGCCGAACGCCCGCCUUGGCCAACGCGGCCUGCGCCGGCGCUUGGGCGUUGGCCGCGCUGUUGACCGUGCCUUCCUUCGUCUUCCGCACCGUCCGGCUCGACCACUUCUCGUCCAAAGCCACCUGCGUGUUGUCCUACGCCGCCGUCCGGCCGCACCAGCGCGGCACCGAGCUGACCACCGCCGUCGUGCGGUUCCUCUGCGGUUUCCUGGCGCCGUUCGUGGUCAUCUCGGUGUGUUACGGCCUCCUCUUGAGCCGCGUCCGCGAGAGGGGGUUGGGUCGGUCACAGAGAGCCACCAGGACGGUGCUGGUGGUCGUCGUCAGCUUCUUCGUCUGUUGGUUGCCGUAUCACGUGGUGGGGUUGGUGCUGGCGGCCGGCGCGCCGGACGCCGCGGCGUUUCGCGGCGCUCAGGCCGCCGACCCCGCGGUGGCCGGGUUGGCGUACGUCAACGGUUGCGUCAAUCCCAUCAUCUACCUGGCGAUGGGGCGGGGUUUGGGGCAGGUGAGGCGCUCGUGGCGGGCGCUGCUCAGGGGGGUGCUCAGCGACGACGCCGCGAGCGCGGCCGGAGACGGGCGGGGACGGAGCGUGGUCACUGCCGAGGAGGGCAGUGAGGGCACCGCGGUGUGA